AUGCCCCGCAAGGCUGCUGCUGCGACCACGAAGGAGCGGUCCUCUAGCGAGGAGAGCGUCUCCAGCGAGGACAGCAUCUCGAGCCUUCCAAUCAUCAAGGAAGCCCGUACGGAGGAUGCGACUGUGACUGCUGCGCAGGCACCUACACGUCAGCUCUCUCCACCGGCCACGUCUGCGGCCAUGCCAGGUGCUGCCGAGGAGGUUGUUCCUCUUGCUGCGCUCGUAGCUGUCAACGUGGACCGCAACGAGGAAGCUAGUUUUGGGCUUCUGAAGGAGCCGGGCCCGCCGUCCGCAGAUGUCCGGCGCGUCACGACGGAGGGCGAAGGCGCACCUGCCAUUCCAACAGAUCUGCUGCAGCUCCUAAGCGGGUAA